UGUAUUCUGAUUUUUGUGUACAAAGUAUAAUCGUUUUAGAUUGUUUUGAUAUUUCUCGUUCUAAUGAGUGUGAUACUUUUUCAGUUGCAAAAUUUGCAAAUGUGAAACUUAGUAAUUGCUGCAUCGAGACGCAUGGUUCGCCUUGACUUUGUAAAGUUUAUUAGCAUGCAUAUUGUAUUGUGAUAGCGUAAAUUCACCAUAAUACCGUACCGUACCUUCUGAUAUUAGAAAAAUUCAAGUUCAAUGACCUAUUUAAUAACAAAUAAUUUGAUACUAGUAAUUUUUGCCUUGUAACACAAUACUCCUAAGCUAUUUAGGCAAUAUGUGUGAAAUUUUAAAGGCAUUGCGCGACCCAUUGAUAGACAUAGAAAGUGAUUGUUUUAACAACACAAAUAUGGAAGAAAUUUUAAAGGCAGCUGAACCUACUCUGACGGAUAUGCCAGUUGAGAUAAUUUUAAAAAUAUGCUCAUUUCUUGAUUCACAUUUUCUAAAAUACUCAUUCAGUAAGGUUUGUCAGAGAUUUGAAGAUAUAUUGGCAGAUGAUCAUCUCUGGAAAUAUUGGGUCCAAAAUAAAAUGAAUGGCUGUUUCCCAGCUAUACCUAAUUUAAAUAUAUAUGAGGAAUCUGAAAUAGACUGGGAGGAAUUAUGUCUAGAAUUAGACAGUGAAAAAAAGAAAUGGUCUGAUGUAAAGAACACAACAAAACAUAUUAUUGCUAAGGAUGCACAUUAUGCAUCUGUGGAUGCAGUGCUUCUUUUAAAUAAAGGGGGUGUUUGUGUGUCUGGUGGAAGAGAUCGAAGUUUGGCAUUAUGGAAUGUUUUAGAGAUGAAUCCUGAAGACUCGGACUUAAAACCUAUAAGGAUGAGACAUGAUGCCCAUGUAGGUUGGAUAUGGGAUCUUGCAGCUGAUAAUGCUGACUGUGCUGCUAUUUUGUAUUCAGCUUCAUGGGAUAACACUGUGAAAGCCUGGGACUUGGCUGCAGAUUUUAAUUGUGUAGAAACAUUCAAAUGUGGAAUGUCUGCUUUAUCUGUUGUGGCAUCUGACAGAACUGUCAUGGCUGGUCUUUAUUCAAAUAAAGUACUGUCUUUUGAUUUACGAUCUGGAGGUAAUCCAAUAAGUUCUUACAAGGCUCACAAAGGUCCUGUAUUGGCUUUAAGCUCACACAAAAAUAUGGUUGCAUCAAUUAGUGAAGACAAAACAUUAGCUAUUUGGGAUAAAGUUGCAGGAAAAAUUAUGAGAAACAAUAUUAAAAUAUCCCGAGAUAAACAAUAUCCAGUUUGUAUAAACUGGACCUCGACAGCUAUGUACAUAGGUGAUUCUGUUGGAUUUCUUCAUCUAUUUAAUCCAGAAGACUUUACAUUUGUAAGAUCUCAUACAAUAUGGGGUGCGACCCCUGUGAUGGAACCUAAUCACAAGAUAGCAGGAUGCUAUCAGAGUAAUGGAAAUAUUAUAGCUUGUUCAGAUCAAGGGCAAAUAAAAUUUUUAUAUAACUGCCAUCCGCCUAAAGAGUAUAGCACCAUUGAGACAAGCACUGUCUCUGUGACAAAGUUGCAAUACAUGAGUGGUGUUUUAGCUGUUGGUACCUGUGAGACAGCACUUGAAUUCUGGAUACCUACCUAAUACUUUUAACAUUUGAGGACAUGACAUUUUUGUACUAACAACUUUUUGUAAUUUCAUGGUUGCUUCUUAUUUAUUUUUGUAAACAAGAAAAUAAUUUAUUAAAACAACUUCAUUAUUGAAUUCAAUGUAUUUCUACACAAAAUUAUAUAUUUGAUUUUCAA